AUGUGCUUGAGGCUUGCUAGUGUGGUUUGUGAUCGUCUGUGUAGUUUGUUUGGCGUGGGUGUGUCUGCGUUGCGGUACGGGGUUGAGGUUUCUGCGAUGAUGAAGGUAAAGAGGGUGACGCAGCGGAGCGAGUUUCACUUCGUGCGGGUGCGGGAGUGUCAACGUGAGGUGGACAUUCUGCUCUCGGGUUUGCCCCCCGAACAGCGGCAGAAGCGUCAGGUGCAGGAGUCAUACUUUGUGCCCAAACUAGUCACGUUAUGUGUGGAGGUGAUCGCGGCAAAUUUUGCCGCGCUACCAGAGGCCGACGGACUACGCGAUGAACACCCGAAGUUGUAUGACGACAUUAUUGAGAGGUUGCCGACGGAUUUGCCCUUGACGGUUAGCGUACCGCGUAUUCUCUCGGACGAGUACUGGCGUCGCUGCUGUGAGGCGCGGUGGUCGCUGGGGCAGCUGAGCGAUCGCACCUUCGGGAAACUUCUGCCCCCGAGGUGUGAGGGGUGGAAGCAGUCUUUUCUGGAGCGUGUGCUUAGCGACUUCUUGACCGCGCUGCGUUCGCCGGAGAUGACUGCGACUGAGCAGGAGGAGCUAGAAAACCUUUGCCUGGUCUGCAGGGGGUACGUGCGCACGCUGGAUCUUGCCUGCCAGGUGACACGGUUCGCCCUCUACGACUGUCUCCUUUCACGCAUGCCGCACCUGGAGGACAUCCGGUUGACCAUUGGCGUUAACAACGUGGGGACAGACUUUGAGUGGGGCAUGAUGGGCUUUGGCGAGUCAGACGCAUUCAACGUGCGCCGCGCCCUCAUAAACUACGCACCUCUGCGGUACCUGCGCCUCCCCAACAACCGCUUGAACAGCUCGUUGCUGAAGGGAAUUCUUGGCGGGCUCGUGCACAACACCUCCAUAGCCGUGCUUGACUUUUCAUCCAACCGCAUUGACGACGAGGGGGCAAGGCAGCUUGCUCUCCUGCUCUGCAAAGACGAUUUACCGCUUGAGGAGCUUUAUUUGCACGACAAUCAAAUUCGGGCCGAUGGCGCUGUAGCGCUCGGUGAGUCGCUAACAAUGAACAAGACUCUGCGCGUUCUCAAUCUUCGCCUUAACCGCAUUCCUGACGAAGCCGGCGGAGUGGCCAUAGUCAAUGGUCUCGCAGCGCACCCUGCACUGGAGGUGCUGGACCUUUCCCACAAUAUGCUAGGCGAUGCAACUGCCCGAGCCCUCGCGGAGGCAUUGCCCCUGCAGACGUCGCUGCGCUCCUUGAACGUGGCAGGCAACAAGGCACUUGGGGUGGACACCAGCGAGUUACUCUUGCAGGGUGUUGUGGGGAACACAACGCUGUGCUUCUUCGAUGCCCGGGGGUGCGGUGUUGAGAAGUCGUGCAUGAAAGCCAUGGAGGAUAAGGUGCAGGACAUCGUACGAGCCAUACGGAAGCAGGAGUUGGAGGCGAAGGAGGAAUUACAGAGGCAGAAAAUACGGCAAGAAGUUGAUGCAAAACUUGCAAAAACGUUCUCCGUAUAG